AUGACCUCGCCAAGCACCGCGGGCAACAGUUUUGGCAUCUCGACCUUCUGUAGUGCUGUCAUGAUAGUCGACAUCAUACUACUUCUAUUACUCUCCGUGAUCUCAGCUGCAUUCUCCGCGUUGAGAGUAUUCGCCUCCAGCGGCAGAGACUGGCCAUUGACGAGCCUCACCGGUUUCCUAGCGCUCAUGCAGUUCAUCACAAAUCUAGCAAUCUAUAGCAAGACCACCUACAGCGUAGCCCAUUUACCUUACUUCGGUGCAGUUUGUAAUCAAUCGUUCGAUAUGUCCUAUUCCAUAAUCACCAAGAAUCUCACACACAUCGCAUUUUGGAACCUCUAUUGCGAUGGUUAUGAGAAGAGAUGCACGCUGCUGGUGCUGAAUGUUCUAGAUCUUGCUUUGUUCGUCCCGAAAAUAUACCUCAACGUCGGCAUGAAUUUCGUCAUCCCGUGGGUCUUCAGUCAUUCACGGUGGCAAUCCGCUGAUGCGACUAACAUAGAAUCUCAAAAUAUACCCGACAUAGGUCCAGCGCAACGACGGAAUCUGACUGCGAACAGCCAGAGUGGGCGGGCAAGUAACCCGGCACAUAGUUUCAGUGAACUUGUCGUAACGCUCUACACAGGAUGGCAGGACAAGACAUCUUCAAACCAGGCUGUAGAGGCAAUUGAGCUCACGCUAUUAUAG